GCCUCACUUUGUUCAUCCCUCUCUUGUACUUGUGUUCUUCUUACAAACCAAGAAUAAGAUGUCUACUUUAGUUUUCCUGUUUCUCUCAUUUCUCUUCCUCCAACGUCCCCUCUCAACCCUCUCAAACUCCGAAGGAGACGCACUCAUAGCUUUCAGAAACGGAAUUUCUGACCCCACCAACGCACUUGAGAGCUGGGACCCAACGCUCGUUACUCCUUGUACUUGGUUUCAUGUUACGUGUGAUGACAAUAAUAACGUCGUUCGCCUAGACUUGGGCUUAUUUAACUUGUCUGGAACUUUGGCCCCACAACUUGGCCAGCUACCCCACCUCAAAUAUUUGGAGCUCUUUGGGAAUAAAUUAAGUGGGAAUAUUCCUCAGGAACUUGGUAACUUGAAGAGCCUUACUAGUAUGGAUUUGUACAAUAACCAAUUGGAAGGGAACAUCCCAGUGUCAUUUGGCAAUUUGAAAUCACUUAGAUUCCUACGAGUAAACAACAACAAGCUGGCAGGAAUAAUCCCAAGAGAAGUCCUUAAUCUUAAUCUCCAAGUCUUUGAUUUUUCUAAUACUAAUCUCAGAAAACCAGCAGUAGAUGACAACUGAGUCAUUCCCGAUGGAAAGGUUUGCGAAUAACAAAUUUAGCGGAAGAAAGGACUGAUUUCUCGUGAAUCCUCAAAUAAUAAUAAUAAUAAUAAUCAUUAAAAAAAUAUCUUUAACAAGACAUUGUGAAAUAAGAAAAGUGUAUGCUAAACAUGUCAUACUGAAAUAUUGAUAUAUUUAAUAAAUAAACGAACUGUGUGAUUCAUACA